AUGGCGACAACAGAAGAAGACUUUAGGACUAUAUGUCUGAACCUGACUACUGAGGAGGGUAUGCUUGAUGGUUGCGGCGACCCCGGCGAUUUAGAAAACGGAGAAUUACUGGAAUACAUUGUUUCAAGAGUUGUACCUAUCUUUUUCGGUUUUAUUGGAAUUGUUGGAUUAGUAGGAAAUGCAUUAGUCGUACUUGUCGUAGCUGCCAACCCUGGUAUGAGGUCUACUACAAAUCUCCUGAUCAUCAAUCUAGCUGUCGCCGAUUUACUCUUCGUCAUAUUCUGCGUUCCCUUUACUGCUACUGAUUAUGUCAUGCCUCGAUGGCCAUUCGGAGACUGGUGGUGCAAAGUUGUCCAGUAUUUCAUUGUGGUUACAGCCCAUGCUUCAGUAUAUACCCUUGUUCUUAUGUCUUUAGACAGAUUCAUGGCUGUAGUCCACCCUAUCGCAUCCAUGUCGAUUAGAACAGAGAAAAAUGCUCUUUUAGCUAUAGCUUGUAUAUGGGUAGUCAUAUUAACAACAGCUAUCCCUGUAGGUAUAUGCCAUGGGGAGAGAGAAUACUCAUACUUCCAUAGAAAUCAUUCUUCGUGUGUAUUUCUGGAAGAACAGGGUUACAGCAAGCUGGGUUUCCAAAUGUCUUUCUUUCUGUCUUCUUAUGUCAUUCCUUUAGCCUUGAUUAGUGUGUUGUAUAUGUGUAUGUUGACGAGGUUAUGGAGGAGUGCUCCUGGAGGGAGAGUGUCGGCAGAAAGCCGGAGGGGAAGGAAGAAAGUGACAAGAAUGGUUGUGGUGGUAGUUGUCGUGUUUGCCGUCUGCUGGUGUCCUAUACAGAUAAUCCUUCUGGUAAAAGCAUACGACGCUUACAGCAUCAAUUACUUCACAGUGACGGCGCAGAUCGUGUCUCAUGUCCUCGCGUACAUGAACAGCUGCGUCAACCCUGUGCUUUACGCCUUCCUGUCAGAAAACUUCAGGGUUGCAUUUAGGAAGGUGAUGUAUUGCCCGCCACCAUACACUGAUGGGAUGUCCGGACGACCUCAGCCAACGAAAACCACACGAACAGGCAACGGGAAUUCUUGUCACGAUAUCGUCUGA